UUCUCCUCGCGAUGAUAGCUAGACCCCGAGGCACCAAGGUGGGCAGCGUAGGGGACUCUGAGUGGCGAUGGCCAGCUCCCCAGCUUGAUUCUCGCUUGUCGCUUGUUUCCAGCAUAAGAAUGUCGAUGCGCGCAGCGGUACUCGCCUCAUUCCCACACAUCCCCACCGAUGACACAGACUGAGAUCGCCGACCUGAUUGUCACCAACGCCGUCGUGCGGACGAUGGACCCCGCGCAGCCUUCCGCUGAGGCGUUCGCCGUCGCGGGCGGCAAGUUGCUGGCCGUGGGCUCGGCCGCCGACGUCGAGGCGUACAAGGGCGCCACGACCCGCAUCGUCGACCUCGACGGACAAGCGGUCAUGCCCGGCCUCAUGGACGUGCACAACCACCACGGCAUUGCGGGUCUGCACAACGUCUUCGAGCUCAAGUUUCCCGACACGGCGAGUGUGGAUGACAUCUGCACCGCCGUGCAGGGCUACAUCGCCGAGCACCCCGAUGCCGAGUGGGUGCACGGCAGCAUCUGGGGCUCACAGCUUCUCGGAGAGCUGAGCACCUCGGGGCCGCUCAAACAGCUCGACGCCAUCAGUGGGGACAAGAAAGUCAUCCUCACGGACGACAGCCACCACAACCGCUUCGCCAAUACGGCGGCGAUGCGCGCCGCGGGCAUCGAGGACGACACACCGAAUCCCCCCUCGGGCGGCGUGAUCGUGCGCGACGAGGACGGGCGCCCGACUGGCCUGCUCUUCGAGGGCGCCGGCGUUAUGGUGUCUAAGGCGGCGGCUAAGGCCGACCCCAUGACGACGGAUAAGGCGGCCGCGUGCUCAGCGGACGCAAUCAAGACUAUGCACGCCGUGGGCGUCACAGCGUUCCUCGACGCCGGCGCCACGCUGCAUACCCUCAACGGCCUGAAGGAGCUCGACGACCGCGGCGAGCUCAAGAUCUGGGCGAGCAGCUGUAUGCUCAUCAACGACCAUGUCUUCGGCGCCGAGCAGCUCGGCGAAGAGCUUUUCCCGCACCGUGAGGUGACGCGCUCGGCGCACCACCGCCCCGACUUCGCCAAGAUCUUCCUUGACGGCGUGCCGAUGAGCUACACCGGCGCAUUCCUCGAGCCGUACCUCCCCUCCGAGAGUCAUGGGUGCGCGCACAAGGGCCACACGACGAUGCCGUACGCCGAGCUCGAGCACUGGCUGCUCCACUGCGCCGCAAAGGGUAUCAACGUCAAGGUGCACUGCUGCGGGGACGCGAGUGUGCGCUUCGUGCUCGAUGCCGUUGCGAAGGUGCGCGCGGCGGGACAUGCCGAUACGCUAUUCCAUGUCGCCCACGGCCAGUUUGUCAACCCAGACGACAUCAAGCGCUUCCGCGAGCUCGGCGUCGUCGCAGACAUCUCCCCGCCCCUCUGGUUCCCCAGCAUCCUCGUGGAGGCUAUGGAGGCUGUGCGCCCCGCAGAGGAUAUCGCGCGCAUCGCGCCCAACCGCAGCCUGGCCGAGUCGGGCGCCAUCAUCUCGGGCGGCUCGGACUGGCCCGUCAUGCCUGACCCGAACCCGUGGACGGGCAUCGCAGGCCUCAUCACCCGCGCCGACCCCACCGGCCAGCACCCCGGCCAGCUGGCGCCGGACCAAGCUAUCAGCAUUGACCAGGCGCUCGCGGCGUACACUAUCAACACCGCGCGGGCGCUUGGCAUCGAGGCGUUUACGGGCUCGCUCACCGUCGGGAAGAGCGCCGACUUUGUCGUGCUCGAUCGCGACCCGUACGGCGUCGCCCCCGAAAAGCUCGCAUCGACCGUGGUCAGGGAGACAUGGUUUGAAGGCGAGAAGGUGUACACGAAAGCGUAAGGGUCGGGCUGAAGAUCGGGUUGUAGGUUGUUUCUGUCGCGUCCGAUUGUAGUCUUGCAUGGAAGUUUGGGCUAGUG